GGACGCCGCCACGCAGGGGCCUUGGCUCGCUGAGCACUGGGCUCGGGCGCGAGGCGACGGUGAAUCAUCGCCCGCGGCGGGCGAAGGAGGAAGGCGGAUUUAACCCCCUCCCACCCCGCUCCAUGUCCGGGUGUCACUCGGCUCCGUCCACCUGGCGCGGCCGGUCGCGGAGCUGCUGCUGCUGCUGCUGCUGCUGACGACGACGACGGUGACCACGACCGAGAGCGAACUGCCGUCCCGAGACUUUGGACACAGCGCGCUUGGGAUUGUCCUCUUUGCAUCAGAAACUGCCACUUGGGCUCCGAAAUAAUCAAUCAAUAACAAGACUAUUCUCAUUUUUUUUUUUUAAACUGGAAAGCACAUCACGAACCGAUCCAAAUUGUGAAGACUUACUUUCUUGAUUUUUUUUUUUUUCCUUUUAAAUUUCUGUAACUCCGGAGAACCUUCUCUUUUCUGGUUUUUUUUUUUUUCCUUCCUGCGUAAACAUCUGGGGUGAUCUAAUCAGACGGCAAGAUGUCCAGUAAUGUCCCGGCGGAUAUGAUUAAUUUGCGCCUCAUCUUGGUGAGUGGAAAAACAAAAGAGUUCCUGUUCUCCCCCAAUGACUCUGCUUCUGACAUUGCAAAGCAUGUGUAUGACAACUGGCCAAUGGACUGGGAAGAAGAGCAGGUCAGCAGUCCCAAUAUUCUACGACUUAUUUAUCAAGGACGAUUUCUACAUGGAAAUGUCACCUUAGGAGCAUUAAAACUUCCUUUUGGCAAAACGACAGUGAUGCAUUUGGUGGCCAGAGAAACAUUGCCAGAGCCAAACUCUCAAGGUCAGAGGAAUCGGGAAAAGACUGGGGAGAGUAACUGUUGUGUGAUCCUGUAACCACUGUGCCUCGCGUGCUGUGUGUGACGCAGGCCUUGUUUCCAUGCUGCUGGGACGAAGAGACCCAUAGCUUCAGACCUGUGGUUGAGUCUGCCUGCACAUCUGUGGACUGAGUUACUCAUGAACAUUGUCAUCUUUUCUCGUGAAGUAAAAAGAACCAAGAACAUUUUUCACUAUGAUUUUUUAGUUCUUGUAUUUCUUGUUUAUGUUGAACAGUUUUAAAACAUUUGAAUGCAGUCGAUCUCCAGGGGAAAAGUUAACAAGUUAUCUUUCAUAGCAGAAACCGUUUUGUUGCUACAAAAAUUUUUCAUCACCAGAACUAAUUAAUCAAGUGUUCCAAAUACAAUUUGCACUAAAAAGAUAAAAAAAAGAGUGACAUUACUUUCCUCCUCAUCAGAAUCUCUGAGUUUAUGGUACCUAGAAAUCCUUGUGUGUACAAUCCACACUGGAAGACACUCAGCAGUCCAUGAAGUUACUGACUGGGCCAACUUGAGAGGGGAAAAUGGAAAGGAAACUAAAAUGUUGAGUGAAUUCUACCAAAGUCAGCCAUGGUGGCUGUCCUGGCACAGAAUACUAAACAGUGUGACUAUUUUCACCACAACAAAUGAAAAAACAAAAUGUGCCUGUUAUUCAAAGCGCUCACUCAGCAGAGGCUGCUGAAACUCUUUUCCCUCUGACAUGCCCAAGCACCCCGGAGGCUCGUUGCUGAGUGCUCUUGUAGACAGCACAGAGGGCCAAGAGGGCGUCCCUGGCCUUAACGUGGAGGUGCCCGGCGCCCAGAGGCACCGAGCAGGAACGCUAGAAAACCUCAGCGACGGAUCUGUUUUAUGUAUUUGCAUAUCAAAAAAUGAGAUUUUUUUGCCGCAGUUAUUGCUCAUCCGUGACUUUGUCCCAUGUCAUGCUUACUCACUCGAGUGCAGAUGAAUUCUUUCAAGUCUCCACAAUACUCAGUUCAUUACUUUCUGUAGUUUGCAUCAGUGCUUGCAAGUGUAUUAAAAUCAAAAGCUGAUUUUUAAGGCAUACAUGGUUAAUAAUGCCACUCUUAUUUUUACCAAUAAUUUAAAGAUUGAUAUGCUAAAAACAAUUUGCACAGCACUAAAGCAUGAGCUAGUUUCAUCUAAAUCUGUAAAAACAAAUGAAAGAUUUUAUAUUUUUUUCACUGGGAAGAAAUUCUUCCUGGAUGAAAUUACAAAUAUGUGUAGACUAUAUUUAAUAAAGACUUAUAAAAUACCUAACUAUAGAAUUAAAUAUAGAUUGGCGUGUAGUAUAUAGAACAGUACUCCAUAUAAAUAACUUUAGCCUUUUUAAAAAUGGAGUUACAGGCUGACAUGAUGCUCUGUAUUUAAUAAGUGUCCUCGCUCUUACAAACAUCAAGUGUACAUGGGUUCCAAUGGUCAGCUUUGUUUAAAUGCAAUCAGGUUAUCUUAUUCGUUGUUACUGCUUUCAUGGAAAGGCUUUAUAUGCCGUAGGUCUACAAAAAUAUUGUUCAUACUGAUCAGAAUUAAAUUUGUAUAGAGCAGAGUUUUAAAAUGAAUGUAAAUAGCACUAAACAUUUCCUUUCGGCAACCUGUACUUACGGAUUCUUUCUGUAAACUAAAUAAAAAAAUUGUAGUGCAUUUUGGUGGUAAUUUCAAAGGUCUUGAUUAGGUCAAUAAUUGUUUAAGCAUUGUCUCAUGUAUGUUAAAAUUGUUUUCUGCUCUUAUUUCUAAAUCAUUUCAAAUCCAUUAAAUACUGUUCUGUUGUUGGUUUGGGAAUA